GUGUGUGGAUCAGUAACACAAUAACAGCAGCAUUUCGUCCUGGUCAUGAUAAUUCGACUGUGUGUGUUAGGUUAUGUAGUACUUUCAUAACUGUUAUUGAUUUAAAUGAAUAGAUUAGCUAUUAAAGAAAAAAAGUGUAACUACACAAUUAAUAGUGAAUUGAACAGACCGGUGGCAGAGCGACAUGAAUAUGCCACAGAGCUAUCAGACGGAUCUGGAAGUAAUUCUGGAGUUCCUUGAGGAACAUUGCAGGCAAGAGACAAGGGGCCAGUGGGAAAAUGCGACAGCUGAUUUUCACACGAACCACCAAAUUCUUGGAGAUGACUACGGCGUUCUGUCGCACCAUGUGGAUUCUUUACAACUGCUUUCCUCAACAAAGGCUCAGCAAGCUACAGGACCACAGGUGAAGGAAACAGGAUUGGAUUCAGCUGAAAUAAGGGAGUCCAUAGAGGAAGCUUUAAACCUUCCUGCUGGUGAAGAAAGCCCUUUAGGUCAGCCUGAGGAAAGUGCCCAAUCAUCACCCAGCUCUACACCUGCAGGCAGAGGCACAUACAAAUCAGUUUAUAUGGUUUCAGGGAAAAAGCUGCGUCUCUUCCACUUUUUGUUCGAGAUGCUGGAAGACCCUGGAAUGGCACACUGCUUGUCCUGGGUUCCUGCAUCGGUCGGGGUUUUCCGUUUCUCCUCCACAUAUAAAGAACAUGUGGCUGCACUCUGGGGCCAGCGCAAGGGCAACCGAAGGCCCAUGACCUACCAGAAGAUGUCCCGCGCCCUGAGAAACUAUACCCGCUCAGGCGAAAUCAUCAAAGUGAGAAAAAAACUGACCUACCAGUUUAGCGGAGCAACUCUGACCACAUUAAGGAGUCAGCAGAGAAUGAAGAACACCUAACGCUUACAGGGUGAUUUUGUAAACUCUUUUUUUAUGAUUCUCUCUCCGUCUCUGGUUCGUCAUAGUGAGCAUGUAAGAAUAAGAGCUAUUCUGUCUAGUGUGACUUGUACCAGCUGGAGGUGUUUCAUGACACUAAAUAUACACAAUAAUAAAACACAAUACUCAAAAAAAGUUGAAAUUAUACCAUGCCAAAGUUAAACGUCAAAGAGUUUUCACCUUGAUGCUUCACCAUUAAACACAACAUGCUGUUUGUUCUGCAGCAGUUCGUCAAACUGUUACUUCCUGUCUUUGUGCUACUCUUACAAUGGUUUUUAUUUUUGCUUUAA